GAAAAUUACGUAAGGAACGCGUCGUCGCGUCGUGGCCCCCCCCGGGAAGGGACCUCCUGCGGAGGGUUUGCAAUUCGUAUAAAAGAGGACCAUCUCCGAAGAGUCUUCAGUUGCAAGCUCGAAACAAGCAUAGCAGCAUGAACGCAAAGGUGAUAAUUUUUUUCGCCCUCGUGGCCCUCGCCAUUGCGGAGGAGCAUAAGCCAGAAGCCAAGCCUGCGAAAGCAGGUGCAGCACCAGUUGCGGAUGCUUCCAAGGCUGGGACUAAGCCAGCGGACUCGAAGAAGGACAAGCGAGGACUUCUCGGACUCGGCUACGGAUCCGGAUGGAACUCAGGUCUCGGCAUCAACAGUUACUCUUCCCUGGGAUCUGGCUUGAGCUACGGAUCUGGCCUCAACUACGGAUCUGGUAUCGGCUACGGAUCUGGUCUCGGCUAUGGCUACGGCUCCGGUCUCGGUUUGGGCGAAAGUGUCAGCUCAGUGACGAUCACUAAGGAAGUCCCAGUCGCAGUUCCCCACCCAGUUGCCGUCCCCGUUGAGAAGCACGUCGCCGUUCCCGUAAAAGUGCCGUACGCGGUUCCUGUCGACAGGCCGUACCCCGUCCAUGUGCCAAAGCCGUACCCAGUUGAGGUCACCAGGCACGUACCCUACCCCGUGGACCGUCCUUACCCAGUCGCCGCUCCGUACCCCGUCAAGGUCCACGUUCCGGCCCCUUACCCAGUUGGAGUGCCCCAGCCCUACGCCGUUCCCGUUGUGAAGCACGUCCCAGUCGCCGUUUCGCAGCCCGUUAUCAUCGAGCGCAACAACGGAUGGAACUCAGGAUGGUCUGACGCGUCCAGCUACUCAUCCUGGUAAACGUGAGCCUCGAUGUGGAAGGAGCACGAGUCGGAAACUGUUUUAUUCUACGAAUUGAUUGUGCCUAUUGCACAGACUUCGUUUCCACGAAGAACCGAUUGCUCACUUAUUAACGGAACCGGAAGCAGGGAUAAGAAAUAAAGGAGAAGAAGGCCUUGUCCUGGUUUUCCAUGGUUUUCUAACACCCUCAAUUCGUUGAAUUGAACUAUAAAUAUACAAGUGUUCCUUAUUUGGACAUUCGAGAUCAUUCAGGAGAAUAGUGCUCAUUUUAUUAAUGUUCUUAUUAUUUUGCAAUCUCGUUCCAGCAUUUGUGUACAUUUUUCUUUUGCGAAAAAAAAAAUGUAUACAUCUAUGCGAACGUUUUACACGUUGUGAUGCUAUUUGCAUUAUACAUACACAUACCACGUGUGUUAACUAUAAUAAGAACUUUGACAUUUCUGUACAAUAAAAAAUGUUACAUAUACAUG